AUGCAGGUAGUGAUACAAAGAGUGGUGUUCAAGGUAAGAGACCUGAGUUUGGGAGAUAGGGAAAGUGAUUGCUCUAAACCCGGUGAAGACGUCAUCGCCAAUAGUAGGAAAGAUGAUCUCUCUACACCCAGUACACCUGAACCUAAACCUAAUCCAAACCCAGAUCCAGCAGGUUCCUCAGGAAGUUCCAGUGACAUAAAUCCCUAUGGAGUUUGUUUACCAGGCAUCACACAUAGUGGGUGUACUGAAUGGGGUAGUGAGUCCUCUAGCGCAAAUAACAAGGAGGUUGGCGAAGGUAAAGGCGAUGGACCCAAUGGUGGUGAUGGUGGCGACGGUCAUGCACAAGAGGGUACCAAUGGUGUUACUGAUGCUGCAAACGUAACAAAAGAGAGCGCAGAAAAAAUAAAAGAAGCCUUGAAACAAGCUACAGAUGUGAAUAGGGAAGCAGAUGCAGCUGUAAACGCAGCAAAAGAGAAUAAAGAGGAAGUAAUAAAACAAGAAAAAAUAGCAGUAGAAGCUCUGGAAAAAGCAAAAAAGGCAACCACAGUAGCGGGAGUAGCAAAAGAACAGGCGAAAAAAGCAGUCGAAUCAGCAGAAAAAUCAAAGGAGGAAACAGAAUUAGCGGAGGAAGCAGCAAAAGCUGCGAAGGAAGAAGGAAAGGAAGUAGAAAAAAAAGCACAAGAAGCAGUGGAAAACGCACAUGCAGCGCAAGCACAAUUAAAAAUAGCCGAAGAGGAAUUGGAGACAGCUAAGGGAGCCACAUCGAUGGAAACAUUUAUACAGGCUAAAACGAAAGCUUUUGCGGCGAUAGAAGAAGCAGUUAAGAAAGCCCAGGCAGCCGAAUCUGCAGCCAAUGAAGCAACAGACAAAGCAAAGAACGCGAAAAAAGCUGCGGAGGAGGCACAAAAAAUAGCAGAAGAAUCGGCCAUAAAGAAAAAACACAAAAUUAUAGAAAUUGUGGAAAAGUACUCCGAAGAAGGUCACAAUGAAGUCGAUAAUGACGAACAGGUUCUGAGCGAAAUUGAGGAACAGGGAAACGAAGAAAAAGACCAAGGGGAGGAAGAAGAGGAACAGGAAGAUGAAGAAGUGAACGAUACAUCAUCUGAAAAGGAAGAAGAAUAUGACGACAUCGACAUUGAGGACGAGGAGGAAGAAGAAGAAGAAAUUGAAGAACAGGAACAAGACGAAGAAGAGGAAGCAGGGGAAGACAAAGGAGAAGAGACGGAAAAAGCAGAGUCAGACGACGGAGAAGCUGGCGAAGGAGAGACGAACAUAGAAGAGACGAACACAGAAGAGACGAACACAGAAGAGACGAACACAGGAGGCACGAACACAGGAGGCACGAACACAGAAGAGACGAACACAGGAGGCACGAACACAGAAGAGGAGAAAGAAGAAGAGGAGAACGCAGAAGAGGAGAACGCAGAAGAGGCGAACACAGGAGGCACGAACACAGAAGAGACGAACACAGGAGACACGAACACAGAAGAGACGAACACAGGAGACACGAACAAAGGAGAGGUAGAAGAGCAAAAACAAGAAGGAAAGAAAAAGGCAGAUAACCCGCCCCCUAGUGACACUGCGCCUCAAGCCAAAAAUCAAAGUAAGCAAUCCCCGGAACAGGCUGGCAAACCACUAAGUGAUAGCAAAGCCCAAGCGCUCCUCGCAGACAACAGUAAAAAUAUUAUGGACUUAAAAAAAAAAACUCACGGAUUGACCAAAAAUAUAAUUAACACAAUUGACGGGGACACAGAUGUCUUAGACACCCUCAAGGAUUUAGCGAAAGAUUUAAGUGAGUUCAUUUUUAUUGGGUAG